AUGAGCAAACUUGUUGAGAAUGCUUGCAAGGAAGUAAAAUCAGGAUAUAAAGAUUUAAUUAAUCAAGUUAGGCACAUUGGAAAUAAAUUUCUCAGUGCAGUAGAAAUAAGUGCUCAAGAAGCAGUGUAUUUGACACUUCAACUGCCACUACAACGUUCGUCAAGACAAGUUCAAUUUAUCAACACUACAAUUCCUAAUGAAAGAACCUUUUUGCUUAAACCAAUGGACAAACUGCAAGAAUUGCCUGGCAACUCUGAGGAUAACAUCAUCAAAAGGUAUCAUGGGAGACGACCAUGUCAAUUAAACAACACAUGCUUAGCAGAUUUUGUUGCUUGGUAUAACUGUAUUAGAGAAAAUUGAAAUGCUAAGAAAGCACCUCUAAGUUUGGAUGAUUUCCUGCCAGAAAACGAUUUUGAAGAUAAUCUAGAUGACGAUCAAAAUGACGCUAUGUCCGAUAAGGAUAUCAAUUUCAUUCAAGAUGAAUAUCAACUAAAAGGUAGUUAUAAACUUGUUAAAAGAUCUGUGUCAAAGGUUAUUCGUUCAGUAAGAUACAACAAAAACAAAAGUCCUGAGAGUUAUUACAGAGAACAACUUAUGCUAUAUAUGCCAUGGAGAAAUGAAGACGAAAACCUCAUAUGUGCUUGCCAAACAUUUGAAGAAAAAUAUGAGCAGUUAAAAGACAUAAUAUUGAAAAACAGAAGUCACUGCGAGGUUUACUCAGAUGUUCUUGAGAAGGCUGUUGAAGAUCUUGACAACUUUCUGAAUGUAAUGAUUAUGGUAAUAUAG